UCGUUAUUUUUUGUUUCAUUUCUUUCAAAACUGCUGCUGAGAUUAGUUUUAACACUUUAUAGUUAAUUGGCAAGUAAUAAAAAAACAAUUUGGUAUAUCAAAUAAAUGUAAUAAUUAUUAAAAUAAAUAACUCAGCUUACUAAUAUUUUCCAAAAUGUACUUAUAUUUAUACUUAUAUACAGUACUUAGUAUUAUUAUAUCUAGUGAUGCUGAUUGUGGUUGCAAUUUGAAUCGGAAUGGUCAAUGUGGAGAUAAUGAAAACCCUAGCGAGAAGUAUUCACGAGAGUCAAACGACCUAGCAAACGACAAUAAAGAAAGCCAAGCUUUUCAUACAUCGAAUAUGGUGCUUAUUGAGAAGGCAACUUUUGAAAUGGGAACCAACAAGCCUGUUUUUGAAAGUGACCAUGAAGGUCCUUUACGAAACGUAACGCUUAACUCGUUUUAUUUAGAUAAGUAUGAGGUUUCUAAUCAACAUUUUUCUGAUUUUGUUAAAAAAACAGGGUACAAAACUGAGGCUGAAAUAUUUGGUGAUAGCUUUAUCUUUGAAAUGUCGCUUCCCGAGGAAGACAGGAAUAAAUAUCAAGAUGUAAGAGCUGUACAAGCUCCGUGGUGGAUUAAAAUGAGUGGAGUUUCUUGGAAACAUCCUGAGGGACCAGAUUCCACCAUACAAGAAAAAAUGAAUUAUCCAGUGAUUCAUGUUUCAUGGAACGAUGCUGUGAAAUAUUGUGAAUAUCUAGGAAAACGGUUACCCACAGAAGCAGAAUGGGAAAUGGCUUGCAGAUCAGGAUUAAGACAAAAAUUGUAUCCUUGGGGAAACAAAUUAAAUGCGACAGGAAAGCACUGGGCAAAUAUUUGGCAAGGAGAAUUUCCACAUAUAAAUACAGCAGAAGAUGGGUAUAUUUUCACUUGUCCAGUAGAUGAAUUUCCACCAAACAAAUUUGGUCUUUAUAACAUGGCUGGUAAUGUUUGGGAAUGGACGUCGGAUAAUUGGCUCGACGACCCUGAUUCAAAAGUGAAAAAGGGAGGCUCUUUUCUGUGCCACGAAUCUUACUGUUGGAGAUACAGAUGUGCAGCAAGGUCCUUUAAUACCAAAGAUAGCUCUGCCGCGAAUUUAGGAUUCCGCUGUGCGGCAGAUGUUGAGUAAUACAAACCCUACUUUACAUUAAUCAAAGUGGCAGCAUACAGUAUACAAAACAGUACUUAAAAUAAUCCUGCCAAAAAGUCUUCCACAUUUAUUAUAUAUAUUGUAUAUAUGAAAUUGUUGUAAUAGUUUUUAGAGCCAAAUAUAUAUAUUAUUAAC